UCAGAACCAUGGUUGGUCAGAACGCUGAGAGGCAGUGAACAGCAGAGGUCUAACGUUAGCCCAGCUACUCAUUAGGACAGGGAGACAUUGAACUGUGAAGACGUUUUGCUGGGAACAUUUCUGAAAGCAAAUGUUAACUUUCGGAUAGUACCGUUUGCUAGGCUGUCUAGCGUUUCGGGGGCUAGCUUUCAGUUUACUUACUGGUGUUCUGCGGUGGAAAUAGCGAAGAUGUCGUCUCCAAGUCCGGGUAAAAGGCGAAUGGAUACCGAUGUGGUGAAACUCAUCGAGAGCAAGCAUGAAGUCACCAUCCUCAGUGGACUCAAUGAAUUUGUAGUGAAGUUUUUCGGACCACAAGGAACGCCGUACGAGGGAGGUGUGUGGAAGGUGCGAGUAGAUCUUCCUGACAAAUACCCCUUCAAAUCACCAUCGAUAGGAUUCAUGAACAAGAUUUUUCAUCCCAACAUUGACGAAGCGUCAGGGACAGUGUGCUUAGAUGUCAUCAACCAGACAUGGACAGCCCUUUAUGAUCUGACCAACAUCUUUGAGUCGUUCCUGCCCCAGCUGCUGGCUUACCCAAACCCCAUCGACCCCCUGAAUGGAGAUGCAGCUGCCAUGUACCUUCACCGGCCAGAGGAGUACAAGCAGAAAAUCAAAGAGUACAUCCAGAAAUAUGCAACAGAGGAGGCCCUGAAGGAGCAAGAAGAGGGGGCAGGUGACUCUUCAUCUGAAAGCUCCAUGUCUGAUUUCUCAGAAGAUGAGGCCCAGGACAUGGAGUUGUAGUGAUAGGAGGGCUCCCCCUUCCCGCCCCCUCCUUUAACCCCCACAGAGACUAUAUUUGAUUUCCUAACCAUGAGAAAGCAGACUUAUAAUAUUCAUAUUUAAACAAGUUGAUUUUUUUAUUAUUAUUAUUACUACUAAACAAGGAUUUUUAUGGAUAUCUAGCCUUUGGUGUGUUUGACAGACACCCUCCCAUUCUGUAGCUGUUUCUCCCUACGCAGAUGUCGCAAUUGCUUUCACAUUCUCUCCCUGUCAUCUUCGCAUUUCUAAGGUGUGUGUAUGUAGUCGUAGGCAGGAAAUCUCCCCCAUACACAUCUCUGUACUCACAUUUCUUUUUAAAAUAGAACUUUCCAGUUUGACCUGAAUCCUAAUUUUCUCUCUUUCCACAAUGUUAACUGAUUCUGACCAACAUUUUGUUAGUUGUUUCACUACAGAGCUGCUUAGGUGUUGCCUGCCAGGGUGCACAGUUCGACAAUAUUCACUUUGUGGUCAAGACAGUAUUUUUAAGGCGCACAGUCUCACAUGAGGUGUCCUGGCACACCUUCCAUAAAAAUAAAAAACGUGUAGUGCCAAUACUAUACACACUCAUAACUCAACCCUAAAGGCUGCCUAAGCAUAUUUUUUUUCCAACAUAUUGAGUGAGACAUGUCAGUUAAAAAAAAACAAAACAAAAAAACGCUCAGUUCACAUGCUACCUUGGCUGUUACUCAACCUUUUGUUACUCUUUGUCGAUCUGCUGCAGCUGCCUGUCUACAUAUGCCGCUGUGCAGUGCAAAAUGUAUGCUUAACAAGGUCAGGUCUUGGAAAAACAAAUUAAUCAAACACACGUCUCAUUAUGUUGUAGGUGACAAUGUGGUGACAAAGACAUGUGGUGGGUGCUUUUGAUGUUGAUUGAUGGAACGCACACUAGCUGCAUUAACUGCAUGGAAGAUGCGUGCACAAAGGCAAUUAAAAACAGAAGAGGCAUUUGUGGAUGUUCUGGUCAGACUCACUUGGUAUUAUGGAAACUGAAAGCAGACCAGAGCUACCCUUUAACCGUCUGACCAUAUGAAUUUCAUUUUUUUUGUGCAGCUUGUACUAGUUUUCUGUUCAGAGGCAUCUCAGACACAUGAGCACCAAGCCUUCUCACUGUGCAGGAUACCUCUGUUUUACAAUCACCUGUACUCCUGCUUUUAAAACAAAUUUCUAUUAGAGCUAUUGGUCAAGAACAACUUUCCAGAGAAAGCUGAGAGCUGAGAAAGAAUGUAGUGAUCACCUGUUGUGGUGAAUUUAGAAAACCAGCACCAAAGUCCGUUUUAAUUUAAGUGAAAAGCAACAAAAAUGGUCAUAUGGUUACUCUUCAUUUUUACUCAGAUUCGCUCAAUCUGAGUAAAAAUGAAGAGUGAUUUAUUGAAGAUUCAGGUUUGUGAAGUAUCAGUCCUGUUCACAUUCCACUGUUACCUGGAGUUUGCUACAAUGCAUGCCCUUUAUGUUGGUCUGACCUGUGGUAUGUACCCUGACUGCAUCGAAUGGACGCCCACAUUUAACGUCUUGCCUACCAGGAGCUCUGUUUGGAUCACUAGUUUGAAGAAGAUUACAAGAUAAAAGCCAAAUAAAUGACAUUAAGGCUUGUAGCAGUUUUUGUUGAGGGGAACUAAUUUAACGUUAAUUUCAUAUGUACAGAUUUGACUUCUUAUUUUGGGGGAAAAAGCGUGUCAUUCAUUCAUGGUUGAUUCAUUGUGGCGGGUCAAGAUGUAAUCCAUGGUCCGUGGAAAGAGUUUGCAAUCGCAGCUUUUGAGUUUUGACAAUUCUUUUCCUACUUUUAUUUCUUGUGCUCUUCACAUUUUUUGCCCAAUGCGGGAGGGGAGGGGAGGGGGGGGGGGGGGGGGUGGCUCAACACGUUUGGAUUUUUUUGUGUGUGUACAGCAUCUACCUUGUACAGUGAUAAGACUCUCUCUAGCCUCAUGAAAAUUCAGUGUUGAACCCGACACACUGACCGAGUGUUGCUUGACGCGGCUAACGUGGCAGUCAAACUACCUAGAACACCUUGAAAUGUAUUCACUUCAUAAACUGCAGUAAGAAUCACUGGUUGCUUUGUGGUGGAUUGUGGAUCUCGAGUGGGAGAUUCAAGGCUGAGUCAUACUCCGGAGGUCUCCUUAUUACCUCUGAUCUUAACUCACUCUUCUGUGCCUCAUCGCAAAAGGAAGGUGACCUAUUAAAGAAGUCCCCAAAACCAUGUUUCUAAAAAGCCAUGAAGGUCAAAAAGAGUUAGUAAAGCACAUUGUUUUUACUCAUCCCACUUUUCUUCUCCUCCUCCUUCAACCUGUCCUGUGCAAAUUGUGAUUUGAUAUCUAAAGUUUCACUCUGUUGCAGAUUAGGGGAAUUACCCAGGGCUGAGUGGCGUUGGUUGUAUUUGAGCUAAUGUAGGAUCGUUAGACUUUUAUGGCUCAGGUUUGAAAUACAGUUUGGUUGUAUCUUGCAUAAUGAUUAACAUGUUUCACCCACAGGGUAGUGAAAGGAUGGAAAUCAUGCUAAUAUUUGUUUAACUGUGUUUUUGACAUGUCAGGAUAGUUAGUUUUGCUGGGUGGUGACUUCAACUAAACAACAUAUGCUAUAUGGCUGUAUUACAGGUAGAGUUAGCUAGUUUGGUAUGCUUACCUGAUAAAGCAUUCAUUGCUCACCUGACCUUUAGUUAGUGUCUGUUGUGUGGUUAUAUGUAAGAUACUCCAUAGACGUGCCUGCUUGUCCUCUUCUUGCAGAUUCAGAGUUGUACAGAUGAGUGUGAGUGAUUUCAAACUCUUGACCUGUAGUGAGCCUGAUCUAACUGUACAGAAAUCAAAAGUGUGGUUCAGCCCCUUUCAAGAUAUUGGAUUUUCUCCAAAACGACAUGAUUUAUAACACACUUCUGUGCCCACAAUUAUCACCACAUUUGAAUGAAGACUGAGAACAUAUUUACUUCCUUCAUUUGUUUUUAAUUUCCAAUAUUUAUUGGAAGCGUUUGAUUGGUUGAAGCUAUGGGAUAGUAAUUUUUCUCUCAUCCAGCCUGUGGACGUUUUGAAUUGGUAGCUCGUGGUUAGCUUCCAGCAGGAUGCAGCCAUUUCAACUCUUGCAGAGCUGAUUUUUGUGACACCCAGCAUGUUUCAAGGCAGUAUAAAGCGAUGUGAAUGUUUUACAUGUGUUGAGAGUGUUUGUGGUGAUCUAUAUCUGGGAUCCACAUCCACUCAAACAGAACAAACCUUUAAAGCUGUAUGCAGAUUCACAGUUUCACAAUUGGCUUGUUUUUUCUCUCUAAGCUGCCUAUAAAUGUGUAUUUAUUCAUUAAAGAGACCUCUUUUUUUCGUUUUUAAUCUUGAUCAUUAAGUGCCACUGUUGUAAGUUAUGGUUCAGUUAAAAUAUCACACGGAUGAGAACUUGAAAUUUGAGUUUUUUUGUUUUAAGUAAUUCAGAUUGGAAUUCUUGUUUUACUUUACAUUUGUGCAGUAUUGUACCUGAGUGCUGAAAGUACAGUAUAUCCGAGUUGAGAAUUGUAAUAAAAUAGCUCAUUAUUAUGCAGUGGUGCAACAGGGAACUAAUGAUAUUUUGUCUUUUUCGAAAACAAGAUUCUUGUGUUGAGCUAAAAUCAUAGGUUUUGGUUUUCAGCAUUAUUUGCAUCUGCUGGGCAAUAAAUUGAUGAUAUACUCAGCUGUGGCCUGGUGUUGCUCUCGUAAACAUGACAGCCAUAUGAUCUCUUCAAUGGCUUCCCUUGUUCUGUUUGUUUUUUUUUUUUUUAUCCUUACACUUUUAUUCAGUGUCAAGAGAAAUAAUUACUGCCUUUGUGUUUCAGGUUGUCUUUAACUCAACAACUAAAAGAAAAUGUCCUCGAACCAGUGAAUGAUUAUGCGUCCCAUUGCAACUUGAAUUCUGAAUUAUUUUUGAAAACGCAUGGAAAGUGUUUAUUGUGCUUUUAUUUCAUUUCCUUUUGGCUUUCUCCUCUCCGCCUCUUCUGCUCUAAGACCACAGGCUUACCAAUAACAAUGUCUUAACUACUCGCGGUUUUAAACAGUGACUCCAGACAACUAGAUUUCACAUGAUGGGAUUGAUGGGGCCUCAAAAUUCUAACUGCAGACCUGCAGAGAAAGUCCAGUAUAGAGCCAUAGUCCUACAACCGUAUUCGCACACUCCCCCACCACCCUGCUGGAUACAAUAAGGAUGAAGGGCCUGAGCUAACUGAAUGGACUGGUCUAUCAUUAAUCCAUAGACAGGACAUCCAGGGCCUAUUCUCCACUUUAUCAGCACAGCUGCAGAGAGCCAGCACCCUGAUCCUGUAAAAUCACCUCCCCCAUGUGUUGACUGUGUCUCCUCGUGCACUUGCAUGCUUCUGGUGUGGAGUUGAGGCUCGCUUGGUGCACACCUCCCAUUCUGUCUUGUGCUUGUGUGGAUUUGUGCCCUGUGCUGGCCUACCGCCGCCAUCAGGGGAUUUCGCAGGCGCACACAGCAUGGAAAAUAGCAGAUUUUUAUAAAAAAAAAAGAAAACAACAAAAAACUAUGUAUUUGGUACCUAGCGUGUGAUACUUGAGGGUUAAAAAGUCAAAAGGUUUAUUUUUUGUUUUUAAAAAGUCCAUCCCUGGUCUUAUUUUUAUCACCCUCUUUGCCCUCCUUCUCUUGUUUCUUUCUUUACAUUGUGAAGUGGGCAUGCUUGUCCAAAAGACAAAUGCUCUCUAUUAAUAGGCUUAUAACCUCAUAAAUAGUUGUGUAUAAAAUAAACUGUUAUAACUUCUUUUUUAAUAAAACAUUCAAUGUGUAUAAAUGGU